AUGACCUUCCAACAACAACGAGACGAAUCAGUUCGUGAAAUUCUUAGGAACGCCUCAUACAUUCCUUUCCGCGCUUCACCAAAACCUACACCUGUGGCUGGUACCAUUGCUGUAAGCACCAUCACCUCUACCAGGAACAUUGCUCCACGCUCGGCAGACACCCAUCCUGCUGAAACCUCAUCGUCGACCGGUCUUCAAGCUGGCCAGAAGCGCAACUCCCCCGAGAACGUCGACAAACAAUUUGAUUCAAACUCCCCUUUGUCGAAGAAGGCCAGGUGCGCCGACUAUCCUUCUUUCCCAGCGUCAGUAUUUCCAGGCCAUGAAGAGCCUGUAAGAGGGCGCAGGUCACCCGUUCCUGGCAGUCCCACGAAUAGCGGAACUGGCAGCGCCACUCCUCGUCUCCGCUCUACCUCGCCUGGUACUCUGACCUCGAUCCUGGCCGCCGAAACGAUGCUCAACAGGGCGGAAGAGUUGGGAGGAAACAGGGUCACAAAGUUGACCAGAGGUCUGCCAUCCAGUCCUGUGCCCUCUCGAUCCACUCCUUGGCCCUCGAAUAGGCAAAUCAGCGAUGCCACCUCCAACAGUAGGAAUGUUGCGCGAAAAGAUAGUACAGGUUCGCAAAUACUUGAUGUGGUGGGCUUGGGAGAAUUCCUGCAACACGAUGAAAGGCCUAUAUUUGUGCUCGAUUUGGAAGCGGCAGAUCCAGAAGAGUUGCCAAUAAUUUUCGUCAAUACUACUCUACGUCUAAGGCCAGGCCUGGUCGACAGUAUAUAUGGUCGCUUUCAUGAGGCGGCAUUGGUGGUAGAUGUUGCUAGUCCAUGGGAAGAGUUCAGGAAAUGGUUGUUGAAUGAGCCUGCGGGCAAACCCAGCACAAGCCCCUUCCAAUUCGGUGGUCCAUUGUGGAAAAGCACUACCUUGCGAGGAAGAUUACGAAUCGUCACUGGCACCGACUUCUUCUCCCCACCAAGUAGCAGUGCCUCGCAAAGGUUUCCUCCCAGACCUCAAAGAAGUCAUCUAGGCUCAUCUUCCUCCUCGCAUCACACUCUUCGAAGGAAUGAUAAUCAGGUACCAGGUUAUUUCGACAUCCCUCCAGCCAGCGGUACGCGGAUUCCUGCGACAAUGGAGAACCUUGUCUCAUCUAUGUCCGAGCCAGAUGCCGAUAGCUCAUUCGAUGCUUUUUCCAAUGGGCCACCGACUACCACUAGCCAGGGCGACAGCGCAAUGCACGACCUUCUUCGUGGUCCAUCAUCGAUCCGGGAAGAACUUGUUUCGAGUAACCAUUUGUUCCCAUUGAAGUCAGACCCUGAGUCUCUUCAGCCGAUGUCAAUGGAUUACCUGACAGAUAAAGGCUUCUUCGACUGGACACGUUUACCAACGUCACCUUCCCUACCUCCUCAUAUUCAGUUCGCCAAAAGCUUCGAUUGGGCCAAGACGAGCUUGGGUCCCAUCGAGGAAUGGCCCGCCGAUCUUAGGGCCAUGUGCAAUUUGAUCAUGGCCAGUCCGCACCCUGCUGCUAUGUACUGGGGUCCUGAGCACGUCGCUAUCUACAACGAGCCGUAUGUUAUGCUGGCAGGCAACAAACAUCCAGAAUUGAUGGGCAGUCGUUAUCGAGAUGCCUGGAAGGAGAUAUGGCACCUCAUUACGGAGGUGUUUGAAGUUGCCAUGUCCAGUGCGCAAGCCACCAUGAAAGAUGACGAUUGCCUGUUCAUAAUGCGCAACGGUUUUCUCGAGGAAACUUACUUCUCGUGGUCGAUAAUACCGCUCAUAGGCGAUGAUGGCUCAGUCGUUGGCCUCUAUAAUCCUUGUUUUGAAAAGACAAGAAGGAAGAUUGCUGAACGCAGGAUGUUGACCUUGCGGGAGAUCGGCGAAAGAACCGCUGCGGCCCGUGCUGUUUCGGACUUUUGGGCCUUGCUCUUACAAGGCUUUGAGGUCAAUGAAUACGACGCACCUAUGGUUAUCAUCUAUUCACUAAACGAGUCGGAAGAUAGCGAUGUGGCUUCCUCUACCUCCAGCACGGCUGCAGCUUCCAAACAGUGCCGUCUCGAGGGCACGUUAGGUGUAGAGAUGGGCCAUCCAUGUGCACCAGAAAUCAUUGAUCUUAGGCACGAUACAAGUGGAUUCAGCGCUGUUUUCAAGCGGGCAAUCAAUGCUGAGCGACCCAUUGUGCUGACUGUCGAGCAUGGAACUCUUGAUGAAUCGUUGCUUCAGGGAAUAGAAUGGAGGGGAUUUGGCGACCCGUCCCGUAUUGUGGUAAUUGCACCUAUUCGACCAACAACUGGAGAAUCCACCCUUGGUUUUAUCGUCAUGGCCACGAAUCCUCGAAGACCAUACGAUGAAGACUACGAUUUAUUUGUGCAACUUUUGAACAGGCAGCUAGCGACUUCGAUAGCCUCGGUCGUGUUGUUCGAGGAGGAAAUACGGAAGGGCGAAAGGGCUGCUCAACUUGCAGCACAAGAUCGCAUCGAUCUUACGAACCAGCUCGCUGUCCGUACUCAAGAAGCUGUUCAGAGUGAAAACAAAUUCACCCGCAUGGCAGAGCUAGCACCAGUUGGCAUGUACAUCGGCGAUGACACAGGCAAGAUCACGUUUGCAAAUGAUGCGUGGUAUAGACUGUCUUCAUUUCCUCUGGGCAAAUAUGUAGGCAACGAUUGGAUUGACUACGUAAAGAAUGAGGACAAAGCUACGGUCUGGGCACUCUGGCAAAAGCUGCUGAAAAAGAAGUGCGCUGUCUCGAUAGAAUUCAGAUUCAAGACUCCUUGGCGUGACCAAUCCGGAAAUAAGCAUGAUACCUGGGUUCUGGGCAGCGCAUCACCAGAGUUGGAUGAUGCUGGCGACAUCUCAAGAGUCUUCGGUUCCAUCACUGAUAUCAGCAGUCAAAAAUUUGUCGAAUCAUUGCAAAGAAAAAGGAUGGAGGAAGCUAUAACGCUGAAGCAGCAACAGGAACGCUAUAUUGAUACAACGUCACAUGAAAUGAGGAAUCCUCUAUCAGCAAUAUUACAAAGCGCCGAUGCUAUUACUAGCUCCCUACAGGACAUGAAGAUAAGUGCUGAUCUACCGCAACCACAAGUGCAAGGCAUCGACAGCAUCAUUGAAUCGGCACAGACUAUCACAUUGUGCGCACAGCAUCAGAAACGGAUCGUGGACGAUGUUUUGACACUGUCGAAGCUGGAUUCCGCUAUGCUUCUCGUGACGCCAAUUGAUACUCAGCCAGAAGCGGUGGCACGGCGUACGAUCAAAAUGUUUGAAGGAGAAUGCCAGACCGCGGAUGUUCAGUUGCAUGUGCAAGUCGAUAAGUCGUAUCGCAGCCUGGGUAUUGAUUAUGUUCGAUUAGAUCCAACGCGACUGUCUCAGGUUUUGAUAAAUCUUAUGACCAACGCGAUCAAAUUCACGACUACGCAGGAGAAACGUAUUGUCAAGAUGCAUUUAGCAGCGUCUAGGGAGAAACCCUCUCAAGAAGCGAACUACAAUCUUACUUAUAUCCCUUCGCAGGCACCCAAGGACAAAGAUGUGACAGCCUCUCCUGCCUGGGGACUGGGCGAGCCACUUUAUAUCCACUUCGCAGUCUCUGACACUGGUCGUGGUCUUGACGAAGAGGAGAAAAAGCAACUGUUUCGGCGAUUCUCACAAGCCAACCCACGAACUCAUGUGACCUAUGGCGGUUCUGGCCUGGGUUUGUUCAUCUCUCGAGAGCUCGUUGAGCUGCAAGGAGGGGAGAUAGGUGUUGCUUCCGAACCGAACAAAGGUAGCACUUUCGCAUUCUAUGUCAAAGCCCGGCGUUCACAAGCUCCACUUUCUGGGAGCGAUGAAGAUGUUAUGGAUAUGCACCUGAUCGCAAGCCGUAAAUCAUCUGCCGCGAGUGUCAAUUCGAGAUCACGAAAUUCCAAAUCCAAAGGGCAGCCAGGAGAAGUAGAACACCCACUGGCGGCUGUCGACACACAGUCAAUAGGUGCGCUAGCUAAACCAAAGCACAGUGCUUCAGGAACAAGGGUAUUGAUCGUGGAGGACAACUUGAUCAAUCAGAAAGUUCUUGCUACACAGCUGAAAAAGAUUGGCUGUAUUGUCAGUGUUGCAAACCAUGGUGGGGAAGCCAUAGACCAUAUCAAGCAAACAACGUUUUACAAGGAUGUUGAUCAGACUACACCACCAAAGGCUAUUGAUAUCGUACUGAUGGAUCUCGAGAUGCCCGUGAUGGACGGCAUCACUUGUGCUCGGACGUUACGCGCAAUGCAGAAGGAUGGACAACUGACGAGACACAUACCUGUUAUUGCUGUCACGGCUAAUGCUAGAGAAGAACAGAUCAAGAACACGCUUGAGGCAGGGAUAGAUGACGUUGUCAGCAAGCCUUUCAGGAUACCAGAACUCGUGCCCAAGAUGAAAGCCACAAUUGCGAGAUUUGCUGUCCAAGAUGGUGAUUUUAGCAAGGCGACUCUAACCGAUAGUAGCAGGAGGAAUUCUGCUAUGCACGAAGGGGAUAUGAGCCCCUUGGGAACACCUAGAUAA